CGCCCGGGCGGCGGAGGCCGCGGCGCGGCAGGAAGGAGCCGUCGCCGCCGCUCGGUGCUUCCCUGGGAGGUAGGAGACAGCCGCGUCCCUCCGCCCCGGGGGGCCGGCAGGCCGGCGCCGGCCGCCCCGCGCCUCGGCAGGCCCCGCGGCCGGCCCCGCUGCUGCGUAAAGUUUUCCUCCGUCUCGUCGCUGCCGACCCCGUCAGGAGCCGCGGGCCGAACCAGCGGGAGCGCCCGUGCCUCCCCUCACCGCCGGGCCGGGCCGGGCCGGGCCGGGCUGCCCCCGGGGGCUGGUCCCGCGGCGGCUUUGGGAGCUGCAGCUGUCCCCGGUGACACACGUACCCGGGAGUGCCGGCCGGCCGAGAAGGAAUUUAAAAGUUCUUUCAGGAAUACGGAACACUUUAUAUUCAGGAAUACAAGGAAAACAGCAAAGUGGAGUCAAGUACAUGCAGCAGCUUCAUGGGCUUGAAGGAUCAUCUGGGGCAUGAUUUAGGCCACCUUUAUGUGGGGAGCACUGGCACACAAAUAAAUGCGGUUGUACCUUGGUCAAUGGCGGAGAAGCCAACGAUGGAUAAGGUUAAUUCUAGGAAAGAAGAUGCAGACAAAGAGGCAUCAGAAGAGACUUCUGGAAGCUCCAGCUGUGACUCUGAAGAAAGCACAAAUUCUGAUAAUGAUUCAGAGAGACUGAAUAAUUCUGCAUCAGAAUCACAUUUAUUGCCUAAGACUCACCGACAGCUGUGCCGAUCUCCUUGCUUAGAGCCUCAUAUACUAAAAAGAAAUGAAAUCUUGCAAGACUUUAGCAUAGAAGAGGCUCAGAUAGUACCUAAGGAAGUAAAAAAGCCCCCUGAUGUGGUGAAAGAAUAUCAAACCAAACUGGAGUUUGCACUUAAGUUGGGUUACUCUGAAGAGCAGGUUCAACUUGUACUAAAUAAACUUGGUACUGAUGCUUUAAUAAAUGAUAUUUUGGGAGAACUUGUCAAACUUGGGAAUAAAACUGAGACUGAACAGACUGUAACUAAUGCUAACACUAGUGUAAUGCGCGAAGCAUCGUCCAUAGAGUCUCAGAGGUCAGAGUCUCCACUGCAGGAGGAAGUGACAGAGGAUGGUGACAACCUGAGGCCAAUAGUUAUUGAUGGCAGCAAUGUUGCAAUGAGCCACGGGAACAAAGAAGUAUUUUCUUGUCGAGGAAUCAAAUUGGCGGUGGACUGGUUUUUGGAAAGAGGCCACAAGGAUGUGACCGUGUUUGUGCCAGCAUGGAGGAAAGAACAGUCGAGACCUGAUGCUCUCAUCACAGAUCAAGAAAUCUUACGUAAAUUAGAAAAGGAGAAGAUUCUUGUGUUCACGCCAUCCCGCCGAGUGCAAGGGAGAAGGGUGGUGUGCUACGAUGACCGAUUUAUAGUGAAGUUGGCUUUUGAGUCAGAUGGCAUAAUUGUUUCUAAUGAUAACUACAGGGAUCUAGCUAAUGAAAAGCCUGAAUGGAAGAAGUUCAUAGAUGAGCGCUUGCUGAUGUAUUCAUUUGUUAAUGACAAAUUUAUGCCUCCUGAUGAUCCUCUUGGCCGCCAUGGUCCAAGUCUGGACAAUUUUCUUAGGAAGAAGCCUAUUGUGCCAGAACAUAAGAAGCAACCAUGUCCCUAUGGGAAGAAAUGUACCUAUGGACACAAAUGCAAAUACUAUCAUCCAGAAAGAGGAAAUCAGCCUCAGCGAUCUGUAGCUGAUGAACUUCGUGCCAUGUCUAGAAGCACAGCUGCCAAAACUACUAGUGAAGGAGGACUGGUAAAAAGCAAUAGUGUUCCCUGCAGCACUAAAAACGAUGGCACUUCUGAGCUGAAGCGCGCUGCUCCAAAGAGGCAAUCGGAUCCUAGUAUAAGGACUCAAGUCUAUCAAGACUUGGAGGAAAAGCUUCCCACCAAAAACAAGUUGGAAACCAGGUCUGUACCUUCUUUAGUUAGUAUACCAAGUUCCUCUGCUGCCAAACCCCAAAGUACUGCACCUUUAACUAAUGGCCUUCCAUCCGGAGUUCACUUCCCACCUCAGGAUCAAAGACCACAGGGACAGUAUCCUGCAGUGAUGAUGACAACCAAAAAUCACGGAACACCAAUGCCUUAUGACCAGUACCCAAAAUGUGAGUCUCCUGUGGAUGUAGGGUAUUACUCUAUGCUGAGUGCAUAUUCAAAUCUAAGUGUAUCUGGUCCACGUAGUCCUGAAAGGCGCUUCUCCUUGGACACAGAUUAUAGGAUUAGCUCGGUAGCUUCUGACUGCAGCAGUGAAGGGAGUGUCAGCUGUGGCAGUAGUGAUUCCUAUGUGGGUUACAGUGAUCGCUCCUACAUGAGUUCACCUGACCCACAGCUAGAGGAGAACUUGAAGUGCCAACAUAUGCACCCCCACGGCCGCCUUAACACCCAGCCCUUCCUACAGAGCUACCACGAGCCUCUCACACGAGUGCAAAGCUAUAGUCAUGAAGAACCAAAGCAUCACCACAAACCUCCAGUUCCAUACAUGGCUGUGCAUCUGCAACAUCCAGCAGUCGGUGCUCGUUCCAGCUGUCCAAACGACUACUCUGCAUCUCAGAGUUCGUCGCAUGCAAAGACCAUGCACCUGGGGAGAGCCCUCGUGUCCACGAGAAUAGACAGCGUUUCAGACUCACGUUUAUAUGAAAAUUCUCCAUUAAGACACAGAAAGCCUUAUUCUGGCCAAGAUGGGCUUGGAAGCUGGGAUAGGCAGAGUUACGGGAUGGAUGCCUAUAGCUACCGCCAGACCUACUCCCUGCCGAGUAACCCCACACAGCCGUGCUACGAGCAGUUUGCCUUCCAAAGCUUGCCUGAACAGCAGGACCAGACCUGGCGUGUUCCUUACUGCGGAAUCCCUCAAGACCCUCCACGGCACCAAGACACCCGGGAGAAGGUUUACAUAAAUCUCUGCAACAUCUUCCCCCCUGAUCUGGUCAGGAUGGUUAUGAAGAAGAACCCUCACGUGACGGACGCUCAGCAGCUCGCUGCGGCCAUCUUAGUGGAGAAAUCUCAGCUAGGUUAUUGAGAGAUGAUGCAUCUUUGUGGUGUCCAGUAGUUUUCAGCUCAGCUCUGAUGCUGAGGGAGGUUUGCUACAAUAGCAUUUGGGAUCUCCUUCUCAGCAAGGAGGUUAUAUAGUAAUCCGUUUAUGUGAAAUACUGUAUCAUGGAGUCUGUAUGUAUAGCCCCAUGCAUCAGAAGUACCAGAUAGGUUUUGUGUUCUAGUUUGAAAUUUUUUUAAUGGCUAUUUUCACAGCUGGAGAAUGUUCCAGUUUAAAUUAAUAUAUAUAUAUAUAUAUAUAUAUGUAUCUUUAAAAAAUAAUCUGUGGUCUCUGGUUAUAACAUUUGGUGCAUCAGGGGUUUAUAUGCAGCACUUUCUAUCCUUGUUACAUGUUGUUGGGAUUUUUGUUUUCAUUUUUUUAACUUGCUGGAUGUUUGUCCUCAGGCUGUGUGGUAUUAAAACAACCUGCAAAAAGAGGAUUUUACUUCUUCUGGCAGGCAAUUCUCAAGCCAAGUUUUUGAACUUUUUACAACACCAUAAGCAUGUAUGUUUGGUUUGUUGGUUUUGUGAGCUUUUUUGUGCUAUAACCAUCUAUUUAUAGGAAACAAAGAUUUAAUACAGCACUGACUUCAUUUUUUAAACAAAUAAAGUUACCAGUUAACGGUGAAAUGGGUAACAAUAUAUUAGUAAUUUAUAGUAUGGCACUUUUCAUUACUUUCUUUGUUGUGUUUAAAUAGUUACAUGUUUUGUUGAUGCAGUUGAUUAGUAAGAUCAGAUGCAAUCAGAGGAAGAAAAAAUAUCUCUUAUUUUUAAAUUAAUUUAUGGAUAAGGUAGAAGCCUUAUUGCCUGAUUUUCAAAGGUGCUGAGAGUUUGCAGUCCCCUUUGAACCUAAGAGAAGCUGCAAAUGUUCAGAACCUCCCCAAACCAGGCCACGCUGUUUCAGUUCCCAUGCAGUUACUAGCUCUGUGUAUUUCUGGUCAGUAGAAGGGGGCCCAAAAUCGUAGGGUCUUGUUUAGUUGUUUUAUCUGUUUGUCUUUGUAUUGCUGCACAAGUGUACUGGAUAAAAUAAGCUUUUCAUAAAAUAUUUACCCAUUUUUAAAUGAAUUUAAUUAUCUCAAUGCAAGUUUUGUAUUUAAGGUAGUGUUUGAUUUUUCUUGCUAUUUAUCAAGGCUGGCCUGAAAAGGUUGUGUGUGUUGAGGAUAUGCAACAUUUAUUAACUGCACUAUGGUAAUGAUAUUGUAGCUCAAAAUAAUAACUUAAACUUUUUUUUUUUUUUCUGUUUCAUUUGGGGAGGGGAGUAUUGUGGGGAGAGAAAAUACUGUACGUGUUCCUGAAGUUAGUUUUUGGCCUGUUGUAUUGUGUAGGCCUGAUUCUUGCUACAAAUAGCCUAGUUUUAGAAACAGACACAGCACGUCUGUUUUAGUAUUAGUAAGGGAUAUUUCUGGUUUUAAGUCAUGGGUUUUACUAGCACCUCAUAAGCUUUUCUAUAUACAUAUAUAUAUAUAUAUUAAAAAAUAGAAAUAGAUUUUGCAAUUGAUGUCAGAUGUACUUAGGUGACAUAGUCAGUUGCCAACAGUUUUAGGUUUCCAUCCAUUGUAACGAUGUUCAGUGUUAAAAAGUCACUAGUUUACACUGUUACUGCUGAUAAUUUUCAUACACUUGCUGGAAUUUAAAGUAAGGCCCUAAAGAACCAGAAAGUACCUUUUACUGUUGAUACAAAUUGUAUCUUUUUAACUGAGAACUAUUUUGAUUUGUAGAUUUAGUAGAAACACAAAUGUAUAAUUAUAACUAGUCUUUUGGGCAACAUUUUAUCCCUUAUUUAAAAAGUAGAGAUUUCAGACGUAGAGUAGACUUAGGCAAGUAAAAGUAGGUAUUUAUUUAGGUGUCUGUCUCAAUUUCACAGAUUAAAAAGAAAAAAAAGUAAACUAUUGGCAUCUUCUUCCUUCUAAAAUCUUUGUAGUGGGAGCUCACUAAAAUAAAGGUAAAAUGCUGCCUGAAAAUGAUGUCCAAGCACCUUUGAAUACGAAGACGUUUGCACUACUUGUGCGACACCGUGUGUUGCAGCGAGUAGGGUUUGGGUAUAACAGUAAAUGCUUCUAAAGAGCAUUGUGCUUAUAGACAUAUCCAAUAAUCUGAACCAUGUUCAGCAAACCCAGUCAGGACGUUGUGCUCGUGCGGCUCCCGCUGCGGACGUGCCGCGGGCUCUGCCGGCGCCGUCCCCGCCGCGGUGCCAAAGGGGCUCCACGCCAUCUGUCCUGCCUUGGCUGUUCAGGGAGAGGACCACUUCCCUUGUGGCAACAGUUUUUCCCUGGAUUUGGUUGGUCGCCAUCCGUAGAGCAUGUUUUAAUGUAGAAAUCAAUGCAGCGCUGAUGCUGAGGUUUGGACUGGCAAAUGGGUCUCAUCUUAGUUGUACACUAAGAUUUUUUUAAAUUGAAUUACACUUAAGUACUACACCAUAGUGUAGAUGCAGCUGUUUUAAUAAUGCAGUUAUUAUAUUUGUGUUUUUAAUGGGUUUCUACAUUUAUUUUUUAUGUAGGAAUUUACUUCUGCCAAAAGUUGAAUUCCUUUAAGCAUGAACAGAAAGCUGUGUUUGUUACAGAGAUGUUUCGUCUUGUUCCCUGUCACACGAGCAUCAGAAUGCUUCCCACUACCUACAUGUAGCAGUCUGGCCUGGAGUGUUGGACCAGCAGGCAUAGCCGUGUUGUUAAAAUGGUGCAGGGAGACAGAUGGGUCUGUGUUGCUGCAGCACCCAGGCCUGGGCUGUUGCUGUUGAUUGUCUCCACAUACGCUUCAUGCAGUAUUGAAUCCCUGGAAGCAUGUUGACCACUGGAGAACUAUUGUAAGAGGUUCUGAGCUUUGUACUCAAGCACUGAAAAUGCUUUAAAAGUAUGAGAACAGGAGUAAUUUGGUGGCUAUAAUGUUGUGCAAUGAUGUGCUAGUUCCCUUAGACGCCCUUAUGUUGGGUAAAGUGAGGUACUGUGGACAAAAUACUGGCCUUGAUAUUUUCUUUUAUUUUUGCUGUGAUAAUAGAAUGCAGAGUUGCAUGUGACCUCCUCCAAAACAGAGAGGUCAGUGUGUAUCUUUAACAGCCUGUGGAGAGGAUACCAGUAAUAAACAUGAAAGCAGUGGUACUGGUCAAAUACUGGGUUUGUCAAGUGAUGCAAAUAACUGAACCGUAACAUCCCAUGUUCCUUAAACUGCAAAAGGUAGUUCAGUGAUGCUGUCUUUGCCCCAGUUGAGUACUAGAAUAGCAGUGAAGGAUAAAUACCUUCAAGUUAAUCUGUCCCACCACUGAGAAGAGGACAACACUUUCCUUGUCUUCAGUACUUGAGAGUUGUUUUGAUACUUAGCAGGAACUCUGUAUUUUUAGAUACAGUCCCAAGCUAUUACAGCUACACCUGUAAUGGUAUAUAGAUAGGCAGUAUUUUGAAUGCACAUUUACAUUAGACAUCUGCCCACAACUGUUUUGUAUAGAACAAUGUGUUGCCAGUAUUUAGAGUUUUUAAAUAUGUCCCAUGGAUACUUAACUUGGCGCUAAACAUGCCCAGACUAUGACAGUAUUAAUUGCUUUGUUGUCUUCUUUUAUGUUUGUGUGUAUAUCUACACACACACACACACACACACACACGCACUUGGCAAGUGGGUUUAAGACUUCUGCUAGCAGCCAGAGGUAAGCUUGUAUGUUUCCAGGUGUCCUGUUUUUUAUUUGUAUGUUUGAAUUGUAGCUCAGUCCUUGUCUGCAGAGUAGCUCUGGGGAGAGCCAAAAGCCUGAUGUGUUCCUCUGGCACCCCAAAAAGGAGUCGUGCCAGUCUGGUGAAACCCUUGGAGGGGACUUUUGCAGCCUUGGAGUACAUGGACUGUUGUUGAGCUGUUGAGCAUCUUCUGCUGUGAAAGUUGUAGCUAAUGGUGAACACUUUUCAAAGAACAUCAGAGCUGUGGGUACCUCACUUGGCUCAGAGGGGGUGCUGGCCCCAGCGAGGUGGGCACCAGAGGACUGAACGCCCUGGGUGAGACACCGCAGCCCCGCGCCGCAGGAAGAGGCCACUGAAACACUGGUCAGUUUUAUCAGCUGAUGGUUUGACCAAGGUAUUUUCAAUGUGUAAAGCUUGAAAAAUGAGACACAUAAUGCUUUCAUACUGUCCGGAGCAUUUAGAGAAAUACCCAACUGACUUUGCAUUGCUACUGAAAUUUUAAAAUACUGUGCAAUCGAAGAGACCAUUUUUUAAAAUUAUGUAGAAAUUAUUUAUUUUGAUUUACAGUGUGACUCUUGCUAAUUUAUUCCUUGCAUUAUAAAGCUGUGGUGGAGUACUGUUUAUAUUUUUUAUUUAUCAUAGGAACUAAAACUGCCGAGAUGCAAAAACAAUAGAUUUAAACUUUAAACAAAAUUCUUAUCACCUUGUUUUCAUUUUUAUAAAAGGGCUGAGGUUUUAUAAAUGUCAAAUCAUGUGGUUAUAUACUUUGUGAAUUUUAGAGAAGCAUAGUUUAAUUUUGUUGAAAUUAAAUAUGUAUGUGCACAUUGUUUAGAUUAACCUAUAACUAAUCCUAAAAUCAUCUGUGUGAAGCGUUUGUUCCAGCUAACCUUUUGCUAGGGAACGUGAGACAUGUUCAGACUUCGUCUUUAGCUGUACUAGAAUGCUUUUCAUCUAUCUUAAGGUUUCAUCAGAAACUGAUGAUCUAGUCACCUUCUCACAGGUGAGAUGUCUUAUUGGCACCUGAGUCACAUGACUUGGCGCUGGGUUUUCCUUGCAGAGCAUCACAAGGGAAGUCACCCUUGUGUACCUGUAAAUAUGCAGGAGGUGUUUAUACAGGCACUGUCAAAUGCAGCGUGGUGUUCAUAGUUACAAGGAUGCUUUAAGUAAUUUUCCAGCUUCCAUUUUCAUGUCUCAAAGGGUCGUCAUAACUUGUGCUUGAAAUGUUUAUUACUGUCGACUUUUUGACGUUAAUGACUGCAAGAGUUCUCGUCGCCUCUCUUCACUCUCUUGCACACUUACACAUGAGCCCAGCAUGAACACACGAACAUACCGGGGAUGAUUUUAGUGGCGUUAGAGAAGACCUGAGUAAAACUGGUGUGGGAGCAAGUGCAGGAGGGCUGGGGGCCUUGAGAAGCACACCUGGAGCACAGCUGGCAAACUGCCUGCUCCCAGCAAGAGGUGGGAUCUCACUGGUGCAGGUCGUUUGGCCAGGACUGCACUUGGUGGUUGUUGGGAACACCUAAAACUAAAUCUAUUUAGACAUUUAAGCACAUCCAUUUUCAGUGUUUCAAAGGUGUAACAAUCUGUUCUUCAUCUCCUAAAACAAAACCUCUCCUCUUUUUGUAAGCCAGCUUUUUCUUUUGGUCUCAGAUGAAGUCUAAUUUACCAACUCAGGUUGGCUGGUUGGUUACUUUUUAUUUGUCUGAAUGACGUUCUGAAUUAAGAUUAUAUUUAAAAACUGUUUUAGCAGCAUUUUACAAUCCUGCAAGGAAACAGAAAUGCAAAUACAGCAGCAAUAAUUGCAUUUUGUAGUUCUUUUUGCCCUCAUUUUCUCUGUACUUAUGUUGAGUAAGUGAGAUUUUGAUGUCCUGAAGUCUGCUCUGGCAAAAAAAAAAAAAAAAAAAAAAAAUUAGUUAAAAAUGUUUGGACUACCUGAUAAAGCAGUUGUCAAACUGGGUCUUCAUUCCUUCACAGGUUGUUCUGUAUUCUUUCUGUGAUGUGACUAUUCACAUCUUAAAACCACCUUCUAAACCAUACAAAAAAACAUGUACGUUGGAUUCUGCUUUUAGAGAAAAAAAAAAAUAAAGAUUCAUUUUCCUCA